GGCGACGGGACUGGCGAUGUCAUCGGACGAAAGCAUGAUGCUGAAACUGAUCCAACAGACUCACUCCCCAGAUGCUCGCGAAGUCCAAGUGCGUGGUCCUUCUCUCUCUCGUUGAAGAUAUCCUCGAUCGUGCCACUCUUGACUCUGAAGACACCAACGCCUCCAUGCUUCCAUUGCCCACCGAGGAUAAACUGAUGCAGUCAAGCAUGAUGAGCGUUCUUGAUAGUGUCUCCUAUGCUAUCGAUCGCGUCGCCUGUGAGAUAGCCUACAAGUCUCUGACGGGAUCCGACGCACACGAAAUCACAAUGUCUGUGUUCGAACACCUCUCCAGCUUCCACUGGGACGGCAAGCUCGUUCUGACUCUAGCAGCGUUCGCGUUGAAUUAUGGAGAGUUUUGGCUUCUGGUCCAAUUCUACUCAAAGAACCAGCUUGCUAAGUCCCUAGCUCUGCUCAAGCUCGUCCCUGUGCAGAACAGAGUGACCCUCGAGUCUGUGUCCCAAGGGCUCAACGAUCUCAUCCGAGAGAUGAAGAACGUCACGGCAUGUGUAGUGGAACUCAGCGAGUUACCUGAUCGGUACAUCACACCAGACGUUCCUCAGCUGGCGAGAAUCCUCUCUACAAUCCCAAUUGCUGUCUAUUGGACAAUAAGAAGCGUGGUGGCUUGCAUUUCUCAGAUCAACAUGAUCACUGCCAUGGGACACGAGAUGAUGAACACUCAAAUGGAUUUAUGGGAAACAUCGAUGUUAGCUAACAAGCUGAAGAACAUUCAUGACCAUCUCUCUGAGACCUUGAGGCUUUGUUACCGUCACAUAGAGAAGCAGAGAAGCUCAGAGUCCUUAAAGGUGUUGCAUUCUCUAUUCGACACCACUCACAUUGAUAACAUGAAGAUUCUCACGGCCUUGAUACAUCCCAAACCCCACAUCACUCCAUUGCAAGAUGGUUUGACCAAGAGAAAGGUUCACUUGGAUGUGUUGAGGAGGAAGACAGUGUUGCUGCUCAUCUCUGAUCUCAACAUACUACAAGAUGAGCUAUCGAUUUUCGAGCAAAUCUACACAGAGUCAAGAAGGAACUUGGUUGGGGUCGAUGGUAAGAGUCAUAUGCCUUACGAGGUUGUGUGGGUUCCAGUCGUGGAUCCUAUUGAAGAUUUUGAAAGAUCUCCGAUUUUACAGAAGAAAUUUGAGGAUCUCCGUGACCCUAUGCCAUGGUACUCAGUGGAUAGCCCGAAGCUGAUAGAGAGACAUGUGGUGGAGUUCAUGAGAGGGAGAUGGCAUUUCAUGAACAAGCCGAUACUUGUGGUGAUUGAUCCACAAGGCAACGAGGCUAGCCUCAAUGCGCUUCACAUGAUCUGGAUUUGGGGCACUGAAGCUUUCCCUUUCACUAGAUCUCGUGAGGAAGAGCUCUGGAGGAGAGAGACCUUUUCGCUUAACCUCAUCGUCGACGGCAUCGACUCUGUCAUUUUCAACUGGAUAAUCCCGGAUAAUUACAUUUUCCUGUACGGAGGAGAUGACUUGGACUGGAUAAGGAGAUUCACAAUGGCGGCCAAAGCAACGGCCAAAGAUUCCAACGUGAACCUGGAGAUGGCUUACGUCGGAAAACGAAACCAUAGCCACAGGGAACAGAUCAGGCGUAUCAGUGAAACAAUCAGGUCUGAAAACCUGAGCCAUAGCUGGGCCGAGCCUGCCUUGAUGUGGUUCUUCUGGACUAGGCUCGAGAGCAUGUUGUACUCUAAGAUUCAACUCGGUAAAGCCGAUGAUCAGGACGAUGUGAUGCAAGGAAUCAAGAAGAUACUAAGCUACGACAAGCUUGGAGGAUGGGCACUACUGAGCAAAGGGCCAGAGAUAGUGAUGAUCGCUCACGGUGCGGUAGAGAGGACUAUGAGUGCUUACGAUCGGACCUGGAAAACCCACGUCCCGACCAAAGGCUACACCAAAGCAAUGUACGACCACCACCACGAUGAGGUCCUCCGUGAAACCGGAAAACCUUGCGGCCACUUUGAUUUCCACAUCACUGCUCGGAGCGGUCGGAUUCCGGAGAAGAUGAAUUGCUUCGAGUGUCAGCGUCCCAUGGAGAAGUACAUGAGCUUUACUUGUUGUCACGAUGAAAAGCUCCACGAAGACGAGAACUACAACUUCUAAAUCAUGCAAUAAGCACACGUCUCUUCCCGCUUCUUCUUUUUUUUAAUCACUUUUUCAUAAUAAUUUCUGAAUUUCAAUGCCUUUGUAUGAGAAUUGGUCAGUCCAUGUGUGUGGUUUGGCCUUUGUGGGACAUGUUCGAUUGAAGUAUUCCUAAUAAUUUUCAAUAAUAAACAAUAUCUUAUUCU